UAAUUAUCAUAAAGUACGAGAUAAUAUUAUAGAAAUUGCCACGCCGUCAGUUAGAAGAUAUUUUCUAAUUUGUAUUCAAGUUUUUUAAAAUUUGAUUUUUAGCUUUUGUUUAAGAAAUGUGUUACCCGAAAGCAAAGUGAUAUGCCAUUAUAUAUAUAUUGAUGACUUCCUCUACAUUAACCGAAGUCUCUCGUCGCGCGUGUGGUAGAAAUUAGAAAUUUCUGUUGACGAGUAACACGAAAAGCACAUUAAGGGCCUGUAGUAAAAUUAUGAAGUGCGCGCGGUUCUCUCUUCGAAAAUCUUAACGUACCAACUCCAAUUUUAUUUUCUUCUUUUAUCGCCACUUACAUGCGACUUACGUUCUUUUCGAGGUUCACGGAAAAGUUUGCACGCGGAGGUUCUGACGCGCGGUUGAGCGCUCGGUCAUAAUGAGAUUUCGGGUGAACAAUAGCGUCGUCAUUUCCCUAAUGCAAUUCGGCACUUAAAUAUUUUAAUAAAAUUCCCUCUCCCCUCCCCCCACCCUGUGCGCGGCGGAAUCUUUACUUAAUCCGCCCAUUCCGUGUUCCCGCUUUCUUUUCUGCUUCUUUCUCAAUUUUUUAUUCGAUGACUUUUUACGCUACGCUAACUGGCAACAAGUUAUCGGAUUGACUACAAUUUUCAAGUUGGCUCAUACGAUUGCGCCCUUAAAUUGAAAUGUUUGUAACUUUGAGAUAGGUGAUAACGGAAAGUCGAUUCAUUAUUCAUAUAAUCUGGAUAAUUUCGAAAGAUAAUAAAAGUUAGGGAAGAGUUGUUUUAAAUGCGCACAUGGAAAAAACAAUUUUGCUGAAGUACGGAUCUGAAAAUAAUUGUGUCGAACCAUUACGGUAAAAAAAUUGUAUCGAACGUUUAGCUUUGUUGCUAGAACGUUAAAAUUGUUUGCAGCAACUUUAUCAUGCUUGGGCGUCCUACAUAAUUAUUUUGAUCACUCAAGAUAAAAUUAUUUCCUUAUCUGUAUCUAGCUAAAUUUUUAGAUGCUGCAAUAAAAUUGUUUUCUCCGUUUAUCGAUUCGAUUAAAUCGUAUCUUAUCAGAACUUACUAUAAAAUUAAUACUAUUAAACAUGUAUAAAUCACAAUACUGUCAUAAAUAACAAUUAUAUAAAUUAUUAUUAAAUUAUGUAUUAGAAAUCGAUGUCGCAGAGUUAUUAUAUGCUUUGUUAAAAAUAUUUUGAUUCUAUAUUGGUUCAAGACCGUGAAUUGUACACAACAAAUUAAAUAUAAGAUAGGCCGAGACGGUCAUAGAAAGGUUAUUGUGCUGAAAUAAUAUUUCAUAUAUUUCUAUUUAUUUUGAACUGUACGCCGUUACUUUCUAAAUAGACUGAAAUGUAUAAAUAGACGCGUUUGACAAAUAAUCAUUUGCUUUGUAUUAUUACAAAACAUCGUUUAUUAUCAGUAUGUGUUAUCAUUAUUAUAAAGUCAGUUGUAGAGAUAAUAGUCGCAGAGUAGUUAAAAGUAUUGUUAAGCGUUUCGCUUUUUUUACGUUUCUCUCUAUAAAAUCAUCUUUGCAUCUUUUUCGAAAACCUCGUACUUUUCUAUUGCAAAAAGCAGCGAGAAAUGUCAAACGACUCGAGCGUUUCGUUUGCUUCAAGCACGUGCGAUUUAACUUUUAAAUAAAUUCAGUUUAUGUGCCAAUAUUUACGUUUUAGUAAACAUCAACACAUCUUCUUCGACCUUCGUUGAAGAUAUCUCCGUGGCAUAGCUGGUACGAAAUAUUCAGUAACAUACGUUCUCCGACCGUGCGGAAGAUACGACACGCGAUAAAGCUACGUUAAGUGUAUUAAUAUUAUACAGUAAAUUAAGUGAGGCUGAAAAGUGCAAGUGUAAUCAACUUUAUCGUAGUCGUUAGUCAGUGGGAAAAGCACACGAGUUUUUACGAUUUCACUCUGUUUUAUAAAAAUAAUUAACACAGAAUGGCGAAUCUUCCACCAUGGCCAGGAACUUCCGAUAACUUGGCGUGGCAUUUUUUCACGCCAGAAAGCUGGCCCAUUGCAAAAUGCAAUUUGUGUAAUAUUACUUACUGUAGUGGACGUACAGAAAUUUUAGAGACUCAUCUGUGGGAAGAGCAUCCAGAAACAAUAAAAAAAAUACAGGAAGAAAUUCUACCUGCUUGGUUGCCGCAGUAUUUCGCCUUCGACGUGAAAGAUUGUGAGACAAAGUGCCUUAUUAAAGAUUGCAGUAUUAAUGUAUUUGACGGAAUAAAUCAUUUAAAAAAUCAUUUGCUCACGGAACACAAUAUAAAUGAACCCACCGACAAUGAAAAUAUAACUACUGACGAUCAUGCCGAACGUCCGCAAGCCGCAGAACAUCAAAAUAGACGAACACAGAAUUUCGAUAAUUUGAUAUGGCGAUACUUUACAGAAGAAUGGCCCAUUUCAAAAUGUAAUAUUUGUAACAACAAUUUCCGCGAUGCAGAAAUAAAGAAGUUAGAAAGGCAUCUGCGUCUAGUACAUCCGAAAAUAAUCAAAGAAAUACGAGACGAAAUUGAAUCUAGCUGGUUGUCGCCGUAUUUUGUAUAUGAUAACAGAUCUAAGAUGAGAUGCGUUAUUGGAAAUUGCGAUGAAUCUAUCAAUAUAUUUUUCGGAGUAAAUUACUUAAGCAACCAUUUACUCACGAAACAUAAUAUAGGGACUGAAACACCAAUAGCUCAAUACCAAGGAAAUACAAGCAAUGAUGAUCAAACGCUUGAUGAAAGUUCCCAAGAUGAUCAGACAGAAAAGCCAAAAGUGGUUCAAUUGUAAGUUAGACACAAGGACAAUAUACGCAUAUAUUCCAUUUUGAAAGCAUUAGACAUUAGGAGGAGUGAGGAGCAACGACUAUAGUUUUAUAAAUAGACUGAAAAAUGUGAAAACAAGUAAUUUUGAUGAAUAAUUUCUUUGCAUUGUUACGCAACGUAAAACGAUUUUACAAAUUGAGAACAUUGAUCUUUUUACAUACAAACAUAUAUUUUAUUAUUUAUUUCAUUAAUUAUCUUUUUCAAUUACCUUAUAAAUUAUUGAAUUUUUUGAAUCUCUUCUUUUACAUAGUAUGUAACAUCCGCAUUAUAUACGAUAUUAAGUAAUGUGCGUAGUGUGACAAUGUAUAAAGAAACUCUAGAUUAGGAUUAACUUAAUAAAUAGAUCUCUUAAUGCGAUUUUUAUUCUAUGCUAUUCCGUUUUUAUUAUUUUAUGUUCUAUUUAAUUGAAAGGUGUGCUAGUUUUUAUUGUACUCCAACUUUAUAUUUAAUAUUGCGUUAUGAGAGAAAUAAGAAAGUGAACAAUUUAAAUAAAAUAAUUUUAAGAUUUUUACAAACAUAUAAUCUGAUAUAACAUUAUUAAUAAUAAAUGUUUAAGCUAGGCAAUCUGCAAAAGAAUUUUGUGUAAAUUUUUGUUUCUAAAGAUUACAUUUUUACCAAAUUUUAUAUAAAUAAGCGUCAUGAAUGUAUCAACUCUAGGUUUCUACUUCUUUAAUUAUCUGAACAGAUUGUUUUUAUCAGUAUUAAUAAAUUGCAAUGUUUAGUUUUUAAGAAAUAAAGGAGAGUUUUGGAAACCUAUGUUAAUAUACUACUUUUCUCUAAUUCUUUAUAUUUAAUUUAUAAAUUUGAUACUUUUAAAGGUACGUGAUACAAUUUAGAAAACCCACGUAAUUUAGACGAUCGGUUAUCUAAAGGAUCGGAUAAAUAUUUUAUUUUAAAUAAAAUUUAUUUGAGAUAAAUUAUAUCGACUUCCUUAAAAAUAAGCUAUAAAAUAAAAUAUAUAUAGAUAUUUCCAGAAAUUUAUUUAAAGCGUUUCUGGAAUUUAUCAUAUAUUUUUUAUUUUCAAGUAAGUCGAUUUAGUUUAUUUUAAAUAAAUUUUUAAUUUAAAUAAGUUCCAAAUGAGCAUUUGGUUGACCCUUGCUCAAAUAGCACCUUUUGCAGCAUAUGUUGCAAAAGGGCUAAUAAUAUAAAUUAAUUUGUUAUUGCCGAAAAGUUGUACGUUAAAGUACGUGAAUCAUUAAACUACAGUUUCCAACAGUCUCUUUGCGUAUGAAUCAAAUGAGAAAUAAGUAACUUAUAAAUGCUACGCAUUCGGCAACUCUCCCCUGCAUAUGUUAUUAAAAUUGUAAGUGCAGCAGGCCAUACAAACAUUAAUGUAACGUCAAUACUUGAAAAUAAUAAAUUGAAAUUUAAUUGCAGCGUA